CACAGCGAAAAGGAUAUUGUUAAAUCUGAGGAUUGUUGGAGAAUAUCUAUUUUUGGAUGAAUGAAUACUGCGUGUUUUACCACCUCUCAGCGUACUUCAUGUCUCACGAUGAAUCCGGAUCUAUUCAACCUUGUCCAGAACAUGGCCAAGUUAUUCUUCCUACUAAACCGAACAAGACCAAAUCGGAACAAAUCAAACCAGAUCUCGCCCAGGUGGUGACUGAUUCCAAGACAGGAAAAUCUUACAGCAAAGGAAAGCUUCUGGGAAAGGGUGGCUUUGCACGAUGCUAUGAAAUGACAGACCUUUCCAGCAACAAAAUGUAUGCUGUGAAGGUGAUACCACAGAGCAGGGUGUCAAAACCUCAUCAGAGGGAUAAGAUAACAAAUGAAAUCGAACUUCACAAAACCCUACAUCACAAACAUGUGGUGAAGUUCUCCCAUCACUUCGAAGACCAAGACAACAUCUAUAUUUUCCUUGAGCUCUGCAGUAGAAAGUCCCUGGCACACAUUUGGAAAGCAAGACACACACUGACAGACCCAGAAGUGCGGUACUACCUCCGGCAGAUCAUAUCUGGGCUGAAGUACCUUCACAACAGAGGCAUCCUUCACAGGGAUCUCAAAUUAGGCAAUUUCUUUGUGAAUGAGAACAUGGAGUUGCGUUUGGGAGACUUUGGGCUUGCUGCGAAGUUGGAAACAGUCGAGCAGAGGAAGAAAACAAUCUGUGGAACGCCGAACUACCUUGCCCCUGAGGUGUUGAACAGGCAGGGCCAUGGAACAGAGUCUGACGUCUGGUCACUAGGUUGUGUAAUGUACACACUGAUGUGCGGGAACCCUCCCUUUGAAACCCUUGACCUGAAGGAGACAUACAAGUGUAUCAAGGAGGUAAAAUACAACCUGCCCUCGACCCUGUCUCCUGCGGCUCAGAAGCUCAUCUCUGGCAUUUUGCAGAAGGACCCCAGUGACCGCCUCACACUAGACCAAAUCCUGAACCACCAAUUCUUCACCAAGGCCUUCACUCCGGAUAAACUGCCUCCCAGCAGCUGUGUGACAGUGCCAGAGCUCAACCUGCCCAGCCCGGCCAAGAGGUUUUUCACAAAGAUGGCCAAGAGUCUCUUUGGCAAGAGAAAAUCCAAAGUGGAGAGGAACCAUUGUGAAGAGCGAGAGAGCAUCUCCAAACUUGUGUCAGGCAUCGUCAAAUGCUCCAUCAGUCGCCAGAUGAGUUACAAAACAGUUUGCACCGAUGAGGCUCCCCCUCCCACGGUAGGCCAGCAAGUCAGCUCUGGUCUGCUGGAUACACCAGCUGAGGAGGAGUCCAGGAAGUCUGCAGCAUCACGCUCCUUUAAAGGCACGGUGGCCAGCAGCACAGAACCGUGUGAAGAUGGCCUUACCCCUGCGUCUAUAGCUGAGUUGGCCAUGAAGGUCCUCAACAGCUGUUUGUCUGCCAUGCCUGCAGCUACAAGAAACCCACCAUGUCUUUCCAGGCCCAAAUCCUUUAUUUGGGUCACAAAGUGGGUUGAUUAUUCCAACAAAUAUGGCUUUGGCUACCAGCUCUCCAAUCAAAACAUUGGUGUGCUUUUCAAUGAGGGGACACACUUGAGUCUGUGUGAUCAACGCAAGACUGUGCACUACUGCUUGACCAACAACAAACACUUCACCUUCCAGGCCAGUGCUUUACCAGAGCAGCUCUGCAGUCAGAAGCAGAUCGUGGAGCUGAUGGCCAACUACAUGGAACAGAACCUCAUGGAGGGUGGCGACCUCCACUGUGAAGACCAGCCUCCCUCCCAGCCGCCACUCCUUCUGCAGUGGGUGAAGACCGACCAUGCUCUGGUGAUGCUCUUCAACAACGGUACCCUGCAGGUGAAUUUCUACACCGACCACACCAAGAUCAUCCUGUGCAAGUCCUCCGACUCUUACCUACUGACCUACAUCAGCCGCGAACGCGUCUCCUACACAUACCUCCUGAGCAUGCUGUCAGAAAUGGGCUGUUCUGCCGAGCUGAGGCACCGCAUGCGCUACGUGGUACAGCUGCUCCAACAUCACGGAGAUUCAUAAUGGACCCACAGCUCAAGUAAGGUGAUGUUGCCCCGAGACGCGUAUCC